AUGUCCACCGUAGUAGCUCAGUCGCUGCAUGUUUUUGGUUUUCGAGCCCAUGUGGCCAACAAUGUCUUCUUCUUCGAUGAACAGAUCAUUAUAUUCCCUUCAGGAAAUCACUGUGUGAAGUACAAUGUGGAUCAGAAAUGGCAAAAAUUCAUUCCAGGCUCAGACAAGAGUCAGGGCAUGUUGGCCCUGUCCAUCAGUCCCAACCGGCGAUACCUCGCUAUCUCCGAGACUGUGCAAGAUAAGCCCGUCAUCACCAUUUAUGAACUGUCAUCCAUUCCUUGCCGGAAACGCAAAAUCCUCAAUAAUUUUGACUUCCCUGUUCAGAAAUUUAUUAGCAUGGCUUUUUCUCCAGAUUCCAAAUACCUGUUGGCUCAGACUUCGCCUCCAGAAUCAAACCUUAUCUAUUGGCUGUGGGAAAAACAGAAAGUCAUGGCCAUGGUUAGAACUGAUGUUCAGAACAAUGCUAUCUACCAGGUGAGCUUUAACCCCCAGGAUAACACUCAGGUGUGCGUCACCGGAAAUGGAAUAUUUAAGCUGCUGCGCUUUACUGAGGGAACCCUAAAACAAACCAAUUUUCAGAGGGGCGAACCUCAAAACUAUUUAGCCCAUUCCUGGGUGUCUGAUGACAAGAUUAUUGUUGGCACUGACACAGGCAGGCUCUUCCUCUUUGAAUCUGGAGAUCAGCGCUGGGAGACGAAUAUAAUGGUCAAGGAGUCCACCAGCGAGCUGAAGAACCUGAACAUAAUCCAGGAAUCAGAGAGCCUGAUCGAAUUCCCCACAGUCAGCUCCCCGAUCCCUUCCUAUGAGCAGGUGGUGGCCACCAGCGAGAGCCACACCCACCUGACCAUGCCAAAGGUGUUUGCCAUUGCCGCCUACUCCAAGGGGUUUGCCUGCUCUGCGGGGCCAGGGCGAGUCCUGCUGUUCGAGAAGAUGGACGACAAGGAUUUUUACCGAGAAAGCAGGGAGAUCCGGAUCCCUGUGGACCCACAGAGCAAUGACCUGAAUCAGUCCGACAAACAGGACAUCCUGUGUAUGUGCUUCAGCCCCUCAGAGGAAACCUUGGUUGCCAGCACCAGCAAGAACCAGCUCUACAUCAUCACCAUGUCCCUGACGGAGAUCAGCAAGGGGGAGCCCGCGCACUUUGAGUAUCUGAUGUACCCGUUGCACUCAGCAUCCAUCUCGGGUCUGUCCACUUGCAUUCGCAAGCCCCUCAUUGCCACCUGUUCUGUGGAUCGAUCUGUUCGCCUCUGGAAUUAUGAAACAAAUACUCUGGAACUGUUUAAGGAGUACCAGGAAGAGGCAUAUACAAUCAGCCUCCACCCAUCUGGCCACUUCAUUGUAGUAGGGUUUGCUGACAAGCUGCGGCUUAUGAACCUCCUCAUUGAUGACAUACGUGCCUUCAAAGAAUACUCUGUCAGAGGAUGCAGAGAGUGUGCCUUCAGCAAUGGAGGUCACCUGUUUGCUGCGGUCAAUGGUAACGUGAUCCACAUUUUCACUACCACCAGCCUGGAGAAUAUCUCAAACCUGAAAGGACACACAGGGAAGGUCCGUUCAGUUGCAUGGAACACAGAUGACAGCAAGCUGAUCUCCUGCGGCACGGAUGGUGCUGUGUACGAGUGGAAUCUGUCCACAGGGAAGAGAGAGACAGAAUGUGUGCUCAAGUCCUGCAGCUAUCACUGUGUGACUGUCUCCCCGGACUCCAAAAUUAUCUUUGCUGUUGGAUCAGACCAGACCCUCAAGGAGAUUGCAGAUUCCUCCGUCCUUCGGGAGAUCCCAGCCUUCGAUGUCACCUACACGGCCAUUGUCAUCUCGCACUCCGGGCGCAUGAUGUUUGUGGGCACCUCGGUGGGGACCAUCCGUGCCAUGAAAUACCCUCUGCCUCCGCAGAAGGAAUUCAACGAGUACCAGGCCCAUGCUGGGCCAAUCACCAAGAUCUUGCUCACCUUUGAUGACCAGUUCCUGCUGACUGUCGCCGAGGAUGGCUGCCUGUUCACCUGGAAGGUCUUUGACAAGGAAGGUCGGGGAAUCAAGCGAGAGCGGGAGGUGGGCUUUGCCGAAGAGGUGCUUGUUACUAAAACAGACAUGGAAGAGAAGGCUCAGAUUAUGUUGGAGCUGAAGACUCGUGUGGAAGAACUGAAAAUGGAGAAUGAGUAUCAGCUUCGACUAAAGGACAUGAACUAUUCCGAGAAGAUCAAGGAGCUCACAGACAAGUUCCUCCAGGAAAUGGAAUCCUUGAAAACCAAAAAUCAGGUUUUAAGAACAGAAAAAGAGAAGCAGGAGCUUCUCCACCGUGACCGCAUGGAUGACCUUCUGGACAGGCAAGCCCGGGAACUGCAGGACCUGGAAUGUUGCAACAACCAAAAGUUGCUGCUAGAAUAUGAGAAAUACCAGGAGUUGCAGCUCAAGUCCCAGAGGAUGCAGGAAGAGUAUGAAAAGCAGCUUCGGGAUAACGACGAAACCAAGAAUCAGGCCCUGGAGGAGCUGACCGAGUUUUAUGAGGCCAAACUGCAAGAGAAAACCACCCUUCUGGAAGAGGCACAAGAAGAUGUCAGGCAGCAGCUGAGGGAGUUUGAAGAGACCAAGAAACAAAUUGAAGAAGAUGAAGACCGAGAAAUCCAAGACAUCAAAACCAAAUAUGAGAAAAAGCUUCGGGAUGAAAAGGAAGCUAACCUGCGGCUCAAAGGAGAGACAGGCAUCAUGAGGAAGAAGUUCAGCAGCCUGCAGAAGGAGAUUGAAGAGCGAACCAACGACAUUGAGGCCCUGAAGGGAGAGCAGGUGAAACUGCAAGGCGUCAUCAAGUCCCUGGAGAAGGACAUUCAGGGCCUCAAGCGGGAGAUCCAGGAAAGAGAUGAGACGAUUCAGGACAAGGAAAAGCGCAUCUAUGAUCUGAAAAAGAAAAAUCAAGAACUGGAAAAAUUUAAGUUUGUGCUCGACUACAAAAUAAAGGAACUGAAGAGGCAGAUAGAACCGAGGGAGAAUGAGAUCAAAGUGAUGAAGGAACAGAUCCAGGAGAUGGAAUCUGAACUGGAGCGUUUCCACAAGCAGAACACGCAGCUGGAGCUGAACAUCACGGAACUGUGGCAGAAGCUAAGAGCCACGGACCAGGAGAUGCGUAGAGAAAGACAGAAGGAGCGAGACUGGGAGGCGCUGGUCAAGAGGUUUAAGACAGACCUUCACAACUGUGUGGCGUUUAUCCAGGAGCCCCGGCAGCUGAAGGAGAAGGUCCGGGGGCUCUUCGAGAAGUAUGUGCAGCGGGCAGACAUGGUGGAGAUCGCCGGGCUGAACACAGACCUGCAGCAGGAGUACUCCCGGCAGCGGGAGCACCUGGAGCGGAACCUGGCCACGCUCAAGAAGAAGGUGGUCAAGGAGGGCGAGCUGCACCGCGCCGACUACGUCCGCAUCAUGCAGGAAAAUGUUUCCCUGAUCAAGGAAAUUAAUGAGCUCCGCAGGGAGCUGAAGUUAACCCGCUCCCAAGUCUAUGAUCUUGAAGCAGCUCUGAAACUAACCAAAAAAAUCCGGCCACCGGAUGUUCUAGAGACAGCGCCCGGCGAGGACAUGACCCACGCGUCUCCCAAGAGACUGAAUGAGCAAGAAGAAACGGGGAGAAUCAUUGAAAUGCAGCGCUUAGAAAUCCAGCGCCUCCGAGACCAAAUCCAAGAGCAAGAGCAGGUCCCGGGGUUUCAGCCCCUAACCGGCAUCCGGCUUCCCGCCCUCUUCAACUCCAACACAGACUGCGAGACCUAA